AUGGUCAAAGAUAUCAAGCAAAGUUUUUCUUGUAAAGGUUUAGUUGUCGUUCAUUGGGAUGGUAAAAUUCUUCCUGAUUACAACUGCUCAACUAAAGUAGAACGUUUACCAGUACUUAUUUCAGCAGAUGGAAAUGAAAAGUUAUUAGGAGUACCUCGACUUUCAUCAGGUACUGGUAUUAUGGCAGCAAAUGCAGUCGAAAACUUACUUCGAGAUUGGAAUCUGGUGGAUAAAGUCCAAGCAAUGUGUUUUGACACAACAUCUGUAAAUACUGGAACGAAGAAUGGAUGCUGCGUUUUGCUUGAGGAAAAAAUUGGCAGAGAUUUACUUUGGUUAGCCUGCCGUCAUCAUGUUUUGGAAAUAAUUCUCAGUAAGGUUUUUAAGUUGUGCAUGGGUCCUUCGAGCUCUCCGGAUAUUCCAAUUUUUAAUCGAUUUAAAAUAAUUUGA